AGCGUCGUUGCUCGUUGAACUCGCGGAAUUCGGAUCGGGCAGAAAUAUAAAAAAUAAGCAGCUGAAACCGUAUACUUAAUACGCACGCGUGUGUGUAGCUUGCAAAAAAAAAAAAAAUAAAUAAAACAAGAAAAAUAUAAACAAAACUACAUGCUACGUCAGAAGCCUACAAACAAAAGAUAUGAACGCAGUGCUGACGUCGCCGCCAAGUGAUUUGCGUGCACCUCAAGGGGAGGAGAACUGCAUCCGAGGCCCUCUCUCUUUCGGAUCAGCAGUGCCUUGAGAUUGCCGCUCUCGAAGUGAACGUUCCGAUGUGUCUAAUUACACAAGCUUUUGGAAAAAUCAACCCAAUGACAGUCUAAGCUGAAGAUAGAGGAAAAACGACUUGAUUAACGACCUGAACAUCAGCAUAAUGAGCUCCCAAAGAACUGGCUUCGUCCUGGACGCCAAGUCCAUGGGUCUCAAAGGGGUCUCGAGCCCGCCAUCGCCACCGUCCACCAAUUGCUUGUGUGAGCCCUGCCCGGAGCCGGAGGAGGACUGCCCAAGUGUCGGCAGUGCCACGCAAGUCCUGGCGCGUGAAGAAGGAUCAGAGCUGGAGGCCUGUGGAAGCAAUGCCCAGUGCAAUUCCAGCACGGAGGCCCUGCCCACGGAAUACUAUCGCAGCCUGCUCCAAAAACUAAUACAGGAGGCUGGCGAUGCUGGCCAGGUGAAUUUCGAGCUGAACAGCAUAUUCCUCAAGCGGCUGGGCGAGAUCGAUGGCCUGAAUGAAGAUUGUGGUGAUACUAUGUUUAGCACCCAACUGCGUCUGGUGACCUUCCAGGAGUGGGUGGACUUUUUGCUCCACGUGAACAGCGUGAUCCUGGGCAAUAUGUCCGAGUUGGAGGAUGAGGCCUAUAGCAAAAUAGUCUCUUACUUUAACUCCAUGCAGGGACAACAGCAACAGGCCCUGGAUGAGAAUCGCAAGCUGCGGAGAGAUCUUUGCACGCUUAUCAAAUUCGUGCAGACCGGCUACCACCGCAGCAGCUGGGAGGGCAUCAAGGAGGUAUCGCUGGAGACCAUGACUGUCAAUCAGUUGCUGGGCAUGAAACCGGAUCAGGUCCUGCCGGAGAGCGAGAGCGAGAAGAUGGCCGAGUGCAUGAAGUCGCUGGUCAACGAGAUGGCGGAAAAGCAUGACGAGAUAGUCCACCUGAAGACACAGCUUGCCAAUUUAGAUGAGGUUGUGCUUACGGCCAGGCAGAAAUUGCUUUUCAAGGAUCAGUGCAUAGCCCAGCUUAACCAGCAGCUACAGGAAGUCACUCAGAAACUAGCCAGCAUGCCCACGACCGACGCCGAGUCCUCCGCGGAAGUUACCGACAAUCCUGAGCAAACCUCAGGGGAGAGCAAGGUGGACGCAACCACCAGCAUUUCGAUCACCAACUGCAUGCUCCAGGAUCUAGCGAUCCAAGAUUAUAGGGAGACUGAGAUGCUCCGCAUACUGGACAACGAGCUUAACGAGUUCCUCCUCAUGCACAACAUUCAUGAGCACCAGACUAUGGAGUCCUGGCGGAGACGUCUAGCCUGCUUGUACGAGAAGUUGAGUUCUGAGCGCGAUGACACAGUGAAAAAACUGGAAAACAUUCGCAGUCAGCUGAGUCUUCUUCAGGCGGACGUGGAUCGUUCCGGUCUGGUCUUUAAUCAUCCCCCGCCUUCAACUGUUGAUGUAGACUCCAAGAUGGUGGAAUGUCUCAGGGGGCGAAUGGAUACCCUCACUCAACGCAAUCGGGAGCUGCAAGAGAAAUACCUACGCCUAGAUACCGAGACCAAAAUACUGCAGACAAAGUUUGAGUUUCAAAACGGACUAAAUGAGAGGAAUUCGCAUAUUUUAAAGGAGAUCGCUGACUUUAUUAGCAAACUGCUUCCUAUCGAAUUUUCCUAUCAAACCAUGUACUCUGAAACUUCAACUGAAAAUCCAUUCUGCGAGGCCAUCAAAGAGAUACUAGACCGACAGAGAUCCAGCGAAGAGCUGAGGAAUAAGACAUGUAACGAACGCCUUGCCUGCCAAAUCCAAGGACUACAGGACACAGUGAAGGAUCGCGAUGGUCAGAUAGCGGAUCUGCAGUCCAUGAUCCAGAGCUACUCCGAUGUAAGCGAGAAUAAUCGACUCAAGGAGCAGAUACACGAACUCAAACUAAAGAACAGUAAUCAAGGCCGUCAGAUUCGCGAACUUGAGGGUGCAGUUAAGAGCAACGAACAGGAGCGAAGGGAGCUGGCCAGCAAAUAUCAAAACCUAAUGAGUAGUCUUGAGGAGAAGUCCCAGGGACUCAAGGGAGCCGAGCGACAGGUGGAGGGCCUUCAGACCCGUUUAAAUCAGUUGGAGCAGCUGCAGGGCGAGCUCCAAAUGGAGCGCAAUGUCCUGCGGGAUGAGGUGGUUGCCCUCAAGGAGAAGGAGGCCGUUUCAGCGGGUCGCGAGCGAGCUCUCGUUGACCAACAACGACUGGGUCACAUGGAGCUAGAAAAAAUGCGACACCACAUUAGGGAUAUGCAGUGCCAACUGCAGCAGGAGGAGUCCCAGCAUCGGGAAAACGUACGGCAGCUGGAGAAGACCAAAGUUUCGAUUCAGGAAAAGAUGAGCGUCCUCUCCGCCGAUUGCCAGCGGAUGCAGAUGCGACUAAAGCAACAGUUCGACGUUAACCAACAGCAAGGCCAGAUCAUCGAGUCGUUCCGAAAGUGGAAAGAAGCCCAGGUUAGGUCCGACGACGCGAUGAGGCAACGCGCCAAGGAGGCUGAGAAUAAAAUUAGCAUGCUGGUGGAGGAGAAUCAAUCGCUGGUCAAGGACUACCGUUGCGUCUACAGAGACUACCAGGUUUUGGAGCAGGAGCUGCAGCGGGUGAAGCAGGCGAUCAACUAUGCGCCCACCUCAUCGAUGGGCUACCCUCCAUCGCCAUCGGGUCGAAUGGACCCCGAGGCGGGCAAUGAAAUGGCCAGGCGCCUGCAGAGCAUGGCCAGCACCUCCCAGCGCAUCUCCAAUCAGUACCGAACACUUAACGAUGUCCAAGCGACUGUGGUGCCCCAGUACCAGCACAACAAGAACCAGCCAAGGCCCGCCAGAUCCUCGGAUGAUGUGUCCUAGGCCUUCCCUACAACAAUUUUCACUUGAUUUACACCCACGCCAUAAGGCCGACUACAUAAUCGAGUCGUGCAUAUUGUAAAUUCCUUGUAAAUUUUAGUAGAA